GAUUAUUACUUCCCCAGUGGGACUCGACUGAUUUAUUUUCCACAGAGCUCCGAUUCUUCCUCCUCCUCCUCCUCCUUAUCGCAUGCAUCGAUCAAUCACUCAUCGUCAGCAUCCUCACCUCCUUCACUCCUUACAAUUUCACUCGCUCCAUCAGCGGUCGGUCCAUAUUCCUCAACCGGGUCCAUCUUGGUCCCGUCAGCUGCGAGCCUGAGGUCUGAGCGAGCUAUGAAGAUCGAGGAACUGGGUUCCGAGGAAGGCGGCGGAGGAGGAGAUGAGGGAGAGAAGAAGAUCGUGACUGAUGAUGCGAAGCGGGUCUUGGUCUGGGCUGGUGCCCGGAUCCUGUUCUACCCUACCCUUCUUUACAACGUGUUCAGGAGCAAGAUCCAAACUGAGUUCAGGUGGUGGGACGAGAUCGAUCAGCAUCUUUUGCUGGGCGCAGUUCCUUUCCCCAAGGAUGUCCCUCGAUUGAAGCAGCUUGGAGUUGGUGGGGUCAUCACCCUCAAUGAACCUUAUGAAACUUUGGUGUCAUCUUCCUUGUAUGAUGACCAUGGCAUUGAACACCUCGUCAUACCUACGAGGGACUAUCUCUUUGCUCCUUCUUCUGUUGACAUCAAUAGGGCAGUGGACUUUAUUCACAAAAACUCAUCUUGUGGUCAAACAACUUACGUCCACUGCAAAGCUGGUCGAGGAAGGAGCACGACAAUAGUGCUUUGCUAUUUGGUAAAAUAUAAAAACAUGACACCUGCUGCUGGCCUUGAAUAUGUGCGUUCUAGAAGGCCUCGAGUGCUGCUAGCCCCCUCUCAAUGGAAGGCAGUUCAGAAGUACAGCAAGAGCCAACUGUCUCCAACAUCCUCUUGUUCUGCCCCUGCAGAUGCGGUCCUUAUAACAAAGGCUGAUCUUGAAGGUUACGUUUGCUCCAGUGAUGGCAACAAUAAUUCCGGGAUGGAACUGGCUCUCGUCCCUAAUGCGACGAAGGCCAUGCCUAUGAUUGCAAGACUCUCCUGCCUUUUCAUGUAUCUGAAGGACUCGGGAAGUUUGGGACCCAUCUCAUGGCGGCUGCCGGCGGCAGAGGCUCAUGCAUGUUAGGGCAUCAUGAUUUGGUGCUUUGUACAUAGAAUAAUCAUAAAAGUAAGUUAUGCGGCUAAAACCUCGGUGGCGAGUGUCCUCUGUUUUAAAGAGCGAAAAGACCGAAAAGAGUCUGAUGCAUUUGCUUUUGUUAUAGGAUUCUUACUUGUACAUAAAUCUUGCAUAAACCGUAAUGCAAGUUUAUUUGGACCAAAUGGGUUAAUGAAUAGUUCGUGAAUCGUGCUGAAUCGGUAAAUCUUUCGCACGCAGUA